UGUUGGGGGGCAGCUAAGCCAUGACACAAACACCGUGCCGCUGCUGCUGUUGCUUCGUCCUCCUAAUUUCAGCUCUAAUUUAUCAGGCUACAUGGUCUGCUGACCUCCUGCUCAAGACCAACUUAUGCAUAAGACCCUCUCUGUUUUUAGCUGAGUGUGACUUGGGGGAUGGAUACAGCUGAUGACACGGAUGAAGAUGAACUUCUGGACUAUGAUGUUCAGAUGAUCAUUCAGGAGUCGUGUCAGAGAGAACACCUGACAAGAUCAGGCAGGGGUGGAGCUCUGAAGCUUGCAGAUGCCAUUGGACAAGGUGACAUGCUGGCUCUGCAGGAGCUCUGUGAUUUCCCAGCAGCCUUCAGUCAGGUAGAUGAGUGCGGCUGGUAUCCUCUGCACAGGGCGGCGGUGCAGCCUCUGGUCUCGGUCCUGGAGACUGUGCUGUACGCGUCUUUCAGUCUGACUCUGGAGGAACAAACUCCGGAGGGUGAGACCUUCCUGACUCUAGCAGUGAAGGCAGGUUUGGUGAAAAAUGUGAAGAUCCUGCUGGACCAUGGAGCGUCUCCUCAUACCACCAACAGCAAGAACGAGUCUCCUCUGCUUUUAGCAGUCCGAGCUGGAUCUCAUCAGAUGGUUUCCGGUCUGAUAACUGGAGGAGCCCUAGUGGAGCAGGUGUGUCUGAAGAAGUGGACAGCCAUGCACGAGGCCUCUAGGGCCGGCUGUGUCCACAUCAUGGAGCUCCUGCUGCAGAACGGAGGGAAGGUUUUGGAGCCGGAUCAGCAUGGAGUGACCCCACUGGGCAUUGCUGCAGAAUAUAGUCACCCUGAAGUCCUGGAGCUCCUCAUCAAACACGGUGAACUAAUUUUACUUUUAGGAGCUGAUGUAAAUGCUCAGGCGCCUAAUGGUGACAGCGUCCUCUAUGAUGCUGCCGGGUCGGGGAAUCCAGACUGUAUCGACAUCCUGCUGCAACACGGAGCAAAUCCCAACAUUCUCAACCUGAGCUUCCAGCUGCCCAUCCACCGGGCAGCGUACGAAGGACGUCUCCUAGCUUUGAGAAUUUUGAUCCCAAUCACUACUCGGCGGGCCCUGCGGUUGUCCGGCCACAGUCCCGUCCACUCUGCGGCUGACGGAGGCCACGCUCACUGCCUGGAGCUGCUACUGCAGAAAGGUUUCGACGUCAACGUGCUGUUAGCCCCUCACAUCUCUGAAAACUACGGGGACAUGAGGAGAAGCCCGCUAUAUUUCACUGUCUCCAACGGGGACGCUACCUGUACCAAGAUACUGCUCAAGUCAGGAGCCAAACCCGACCUGGACCCGCUACGCUGCCUCCUGGUGGCGGUUAGGUCGGGAUACUACGAGAUAGUGAAGUUGCUGCUGGCGGCCAAAGCAGAUGUGAACUGUUAUUUCACAGUGGUGAAUGACACCAUGUUUCCCACAGCGCUGCAGUACUGCAUGAAGGAUGAGGUGAUGAUGAGGCUGCUGCUCAACAAUGGCUACAAUGCUGAAAAGUGUUUUUAUUGUAACCAUGAUGACAACUGGGAUGAGCUGAUUGAGUCUGACGCACAGCAUCAAGAGGAAAAAGUUGCUUUUUGUGAUUUUGUCAGCGUCUCCUGGCUGGUGAACCUAGCGGGCCGAGUUGUGUCCAUCCUCCUCGAAUACGUCGGCCCAGUUUCUCUCUGCGACAAACUGACAAAGAUCUUGGAGAAACACAAAGAGUGGCAUCACAUUCACAGGAGCAUGCGAAACCCUUGCUCUCUGUCUCACCUGAGCAGAGUGGUGGUACGGAAACACCUGAGCUGCAGCAACAUGACGUCUAUCCAGCUGCCCAACAGGCUGAAGGACUACCUGCUGUUCAAAGAUAAUGACCUGUACUCCAGAGUCAUCUGCAGGGAGAACUGAGGGGACGAGGACAUCUCUCUGAUAUACUGAGUCUUAAGUGUGACAUUUAUCAAUUUACUCCCUAAUGUCUUAUUCAUAAUCUCUCUCUCUCUCUCUAUAUAUAUAUAUAUAUAUAUAUAUAUAUAUAUAUAUAUAUAUAUAUAUAUAUGUAUUUUAAUUAUUGUCUUUGCUCUGCAGACAUGUAAGAUCUACUCUGAACCAACUUAGUAAAACUCAGUGGAUUUGCAGGAAUUAUUACUAACUCAUUCAACCAAGUACAAACCCUGUCUGAAAGUGAAUAUGUGUUAUGUGUUGAGUCUGUAGCAUGAAUAUGGUUGCAGAAAUCUGUAAUUAUGUGUUGAGGAACUGAUUUGUUGUGGAAACUUAUUUUCACAACAGCAACCAAAAAGAAUAUUGGUUUAAUUCGGUAUGUUUAAAUGUUUUCCUAUUAUUCUUUCCCACUUGUGUUUGUAAAUGGGUGGACAAAAUAUCAGAAAUAGAUGUCAAUAUAAUCUGGUCCAGUUUAACACCACUGCAAAUUACAACCUCUAUUAUAUAGUGUAACUAGAAGAGGUCACUCAAUAGAGUGCAGAUCUCUGCGACGCAACAUAUGUUCAAGCAUACUGUAUUCUAAUUCCACCACACCUGCCGGAUGCAACCAGUGGAGAUUUUAGCCUUUUGGGUAAAAAAAUGUUCAGUAUAGUCUCGGCUGUCUUAUCUACAUUUAUGCAAAUUUUUUAAUAAAUUGUUUUUUUUGUA